AUGUCUCCCACGCCCGUGGCAGCCCCCGCCUCCAACAAGGGCGCCAAGCGCAGCCUCAUGUCCUCGCUCAUGGAUGCCACCACGCUGCUCCACUCCUCCUUCAAGGAGGACUCGUACGUCGCCGCAGCGCUCCCGUCGGCCGAGCUCCGCAGCGCUCGCCGACCUCAAGGCGUUGCUCACCACCCACCGGGACCCCAUUUCCAUCUGGGGCAUCCCACUGAACCCCCCACUCUCCUCCCGCCGUGGCGGACGACGCUGCCCCUGCCCCGGUCGACGAGCGCGCUGACGUGUGUGAAGUACAACGCCUCGUAUGCGUACCACUCCCUCCUUGCCUACUUCGACCGCGACAACGUGGCUCUCAAAGGAUUUGCCAAAUUCUUUAAGGAAUCGAGCGACGAGUUGAGGGAGCAUGCUGAGAAGCUCAUGAAGUACCAGAACAAACGUGGAGGCAGGGUGAGGCUCCAAUCGAUUGUGACGCCCUUGACUGAAUUUGACCACCCUGAGAAAGGCGAUGCUUUGUACGCUAUGGAGCUGGCUCUGGCUCUAGAAAAGCUGGUUAAUGAGAAGCUGCACAACCUGCAUGGUGUGGCAACAAGGUGCAAUGAUCCUCAUCUGACAGACUUCAUCGAGAGUGAGUUCCUCGAGGAGCAGGUGGAAGCCAUAAAUAAGAUCUCCAAGUAUGUCGCCCAGCUGAGGAGGGUGGGCAAGGGGCACGGGGUGUGGCACUUUGAUCAGAUGCUGCUUGAGGAAGAGGCCUAA